CAAGUACCUGCUCCAUUCAUUUGGAUACACAUAGCUGAAGAGCGCAGGCGAAUCAAGUAUAAAUAGCACAAGCCAGUUGGAGGAAAUAUUACCGAGAAAGAAGUAGGAAAACUGAAAUCUGAGGAUGCUGCUGGAUGAAAAAGAAGAAUAUGUUGACAUUACAAAAGCAGUAUUUGAGUCUGUGGAGGUUAUAAAGGACAACCAUGUCGUGCAGUCGCCGUUGUUCAAUAUGCUUGAAGGUGCUAGAGCAUUGGAAGUAUCAAAUAAGCGAUUGGAUACCGGUUUGAUUGCACUUAGUGAAGAUGAAUUAAAAUUUGACACUUAUAAACCUCAAAAAGCUUCAUCUGUGAUUGGCGUGAUGAAUCAGUUGGUUAUACUGUAUAUGAGCUGGCUAAACAAUUCAUCGUUACCAGUGACAGUAUUAAGUUGUCGAUAUGUUCAAACUUUUUUAGAGAAUUAUUUGAAGCAUGGCGGAGAUUUGAAAAAGACAACUUUUCGAAAUGAAAGAUUAUAUGGAAGCGUACCAAAUGACGACGAAUCAUUCGAACAUAAGUUAACCAAUACGGUAUUGAGAAGCUUUGUUAUGGGGUUGUGUAAAAUCAUUGGAUUUACUUUGACUGUUGGUAUGAAUGUUUUAUAUGAAGAAGAAGAUUUGACUACUAGAAGUAUGGAUUUUGAUUAUUUGAUCUCAAUUCCAUAUGAAACUAUUAUGUAUGAAAUCAAUAAUUCGGUUUUAUGGAUUAACAGUCAAACUGGUAAAGAUGAAAAAGAACUUGAGCUCAUCGUUCAAUAUUUACGUUUGCUCCAAGGAAUUUUAAGCUUGCUGUCACUAUUCGUUAUACCAAUCAAUAUUUUCAAUGAAGAGAGACCCCAACUUAUAGAACACGAUUGUAAGUUUAUUAAAGAAUCUUUACAACUUAUCCAAACCAUCAAGUCUACAAUUGAAUCAAGCAAAUACGAAGCACCAGCAGGAGUAUUUUCAAUGUUUGUUCAAUUGGAUUGUAACAAUCCAAGUAUCCCUAAUGAAAUCUAUUGUUUACCAGCCGAUGAAGCUUACACCAAUUUAACCAAUUGCUUCGAAAGAUUAUUGGAAUUCAUUAGGAAAUUAAGUCAUAUUGAUAAUUUUAAUCAAUUAAUUAAUUUUUUAAAAUUUGACGUUUCUCAAGAGAUUGAUGAAAAUUAUAGCGUUUUAGCAAGAGGAUUAUUUCAACUAUUUUUCAUUAGAGAUGAUAGAUCAAUUGUUGGAUCAUCAACUGAAAAUAUAACCAGUUUGACUAUGAAAUAUAUGGAAAAUUUUUGUUGUCUUAAUUCUAAUAUAAUACGUCCUGAUUAUUGGAAUUCAAUUGGAGGAAAUGAAGAACAAAUAGCAACCACUAAAACUAAUAUUAUGGAUCAAUUAAAUAAACUUUUAGGUGAUGUUGAAGCUGGGAUCCAUCAUUUAAUUUUAAUUCCUGGGAAUAAUAGGUGUAGACAACGUCAAUUAUUAUCAAGGGCCAUAUUAAUUUGGGAUACUUUACAAGCGUCACUGGAGAAUUUAGAAGUUGAAUUAUGGAAUAAUCAUCAAAUUGGUGAUAAACUUUACAAUUUCAAUGAAUAUACUAAAGAUUAUGAAGAGGAUGAACAAGAUUUAUCUUUAUCUAUUACUUCAUUUAUUUACUAUAUGAAAUUAGAAGUUAUGAUGGAAGUUGCGCUUUCAGGUUUUGAAUUAGAUUUAUAUAAAGAUUUUGAAUUUGGACAAAUGUAUUGGUACUUAUGGUAUUUAUCACAAUUGAUGACCGAACAUCUAAGUACGAGAGUGGACAAGAUCCAAAGUCUGAAAAUUCAUUACAUCAAGAAUGUAAUCCCCAAAAGAUUGAAAAAAUUGAAAGCUGGUAGUAAGAAACAAAAUUUAAAAAAUUAUCAACAAUAUUGUAAUACUCAAGUGUUACCAAUCUUAGAAAUGCAAUCCCAAUAUAACAAAGAGUAUUUGAUACCCAUCAAUCAAGCAAUGAACUUACUAUGCGAUUCAAUUCGUUAUAGUUUUAUAAUUUAUGAUGCAUUGAAAUUGAUCCAAAUUGGGAAUGUUAAAACAUCGAAAUUUGUCAAUCAAAAAUUACUCUUCAAUUUGAGGAUGAAACCUUGGUCUUCAGUUGGAGUACCUACAUUACCAACUUAUGAACAAUAUUUGAAUUCAAUUUCUACCGAAUUCUUAAAUAAAUACAAUAGUGAAAGUUUGAAAUUAAAUCAAAUCAAAGAUAUCUUGAAAGUCAUUGUUAAUAAAGUUAAUCAAGCUAAAGAGAUCUAUAACCAAAUCUUGAAGCUAAUUGAAUCGAACCCCCUAAUUAAAAAUCAAAUAAUUAGUGAAUCCAAUUCAAAAUUAAAUCAAGUAAAUAUUACCAAAUGGUAUCAAUCAUUAGCUAAAACCUGUGUUUUCCAAUCAAUUCAAUUAACCAAUCUAAUCAAGACUUUACAAGAACCUAACUUUAACGCUAAUGACUAUAGAAUUCAUAUCCAACCGGGUUAUCACAAGUAUUUCCCCCAAAUAUCUGUUAUCAAGAAGACUUGA